AUGUAUUUAUUGGGUUCAAGUUUUGCCAGGCUACCUAUUGCAAAGGGAUUUAGGUCGGUGAGAGGACUACGUUUAUCUGCAACAACUAGAUUUCAGACACACUUCCCUAAAUAUAAUAAUCUUACUGGUUCUGAUAUUAUCUCCAGUGGCAAUCCCACUGGUGCUAAGGCGAAUAAUGACAAUAAAAACGCUGAAGAGAACGCUAACACUGAUGAUAUAACAAGUUAUUUUAAUAAGUUACCCGAGAAGCUUAUUCUAGAAGGUUACGGGAUGUCGCAAACUACAGCUGAGAACCAAUUGGAUACCCAACGUUUUUAUACUAUCCUGACCGAAAGUGGGUUUACGAGUAAGCAGUCCAAUUUGAUCAUCCAAUUGUUGCUGGCUCUGCUUCAAGAGGAGUUCUUUUACAACUACAAUACUACUUUCCUGAGGAAAAUGGAGCUAGAAAACCAAAGCUAUCUAUUCAAUGCAGCUGAAUCAGAACUUCGCUACUCCAUAUAUACAUCGCGUGAGGUCGCACUAAAUGAGCUAAAUUUACAAUUGAUGAAACUGGACCGAGAGUUGAAUUUAACUCGUGAUGACUUAAACGAACUCAUUAUAAACUUGCUAAAAAAAGAUUCAAGAGUGGACUUUAACGAUUAUAAGUCCGAGAACACUCUUUUGCAUCGAGAUAUCAAUAUCCGUCUUGAGGGCUGCAAUAACAUGGUUGGUACAAGGAUAAUAGGACAAAUAAAACCCGAGGUCGAGGGUCUCAGAUGGCAAAUUACGCGGAGCGGGCUGUUCGCACUAUUAUUUCUGGUGUUCUUUGUGAUGAGCGGUGUCUCGAUAACGAGGAGGAUCGCUGCUGAACAUGAGAAGCAGAGCGAGGUGAUUUUACACACUAGAAAGCCCGAACACAUAGAAGAGGAGGAAGUUCGAAGCGGCUAA